AUGACGCUGGAUUUGGAAGGGGAUAUGAGUUUCUACGGUCGUCAAUUAUCUGAUGACGAAGAUGAUAGUGAUUACCAGCUGGCGACGGAUUUAACCAGGCGCGUUCAGGCGGCAACCGCGGCAUCGGAAAAGGAAGACAUUGUCACCAAGUAUGCCGACAAGAUCAACACUGAGCCUUUCAAGAAAGGGCCGCAGGUGACAAAGGACCGGGCGAAUAGAGCGACAGUUGAGCAGGUGUUGGAUCCCAGGACUCUCCGGUUUUUGGCCAAGAUCAUCAACUCCAACUUGAUGUCGCGAAUCAAUGGGUGCAUCAGCACGGGCAAAGAAGCCAACGUUUACCACGGGACCCACGACGACGCCGAGGUGGAGACGGAGUUUGCCGUCAAGAUCUACAAGACGUCGAUUCUUGUGUUCAAAGACCGGAAAAGAUAUGUCGAUGGCGACUUCCGGCUCCGGAACUCGAAAGACCAGGGCAACCCGCGGAAAAUGGUCAAGAUCUGGGCUGAAAAGGAGUACCGGAACUUGUGCAGGAUCCACCAGAGCAAAGUGCCGUGUCCUCGUCCCUACAUGAUCAAGUCGCACGUGUUGGUGAUGCAAUUCUUGACCGAGGGGGACGGCCAGCCUUCUCCCAAAGUCAAGGAUUACGACUUCCAAGAUGGAGAAGAGGUGGAGCGGUAUUACAAGGAAAUGUUGAUUUGCAUGAGGCGACUAUUCCAGGAUUGCAGGCUAGUGCACGCCGAUCUCAGUGAGUACAACUCGAUCAUCCAUGACGACAAGCUUUACAUCAUCGACGUGUCGCAGUCGGUUGAACCUGACCACCCCAUGGCGCUUGACUUUUUGAGAAUGGACAUCAAAAACGUCAAUGAUUUUUUUGGAAAAAAGGGAAUCAACAUCUACCCGGAAAAGUCAAUCUUUAGCUUUAUCACGGCAAGCGACAAGCAGCUCAAGCUUGACACUCGGGAUGACGAACAGUUAAAGGCUCACAUUGGCGCCAUGACCUUGAAGACCACCCCCGAGCAAGAAGUUGAAGAUGAAGUUUUCCGCUCUUUGCAUUUGGUCCGUUCCUUGAACCAAUUGGACGAAAGGGACUUUCAGAAGUUUUCCGAGGGAAAAGUUGAAACGUUGGACGUGCUAGUUUCAACUGAACGCACUUUGGUUGGGGAGCAACGGGGUGACUCUAACAAUGCGCCAGAAGUGAACAAUAAACAAGUCCACGGUGCAGAAGAAGAAGAAGAGGAUGAAGAAGAGGAAGAAUUGGAGUCAGAGACAGACAGUGGGUCCGGUUCAGAUUCCGAUAGUGACUCCGAUAGCGAUGGCGAUAGCGAUAAUGAGUUGGGUGGUGCUUCGACUGGCAAAGUAUGGAAGGAAAGAGAUGCCGCCAAACCCAAAGGCAAAAAGUACGAAGACAAGGACGAGAAACGGGCAAGAAAAGAGGCUGCAAAAGUCGCCAAGCAGGAGCGGAGGAAAACCAAGAUGAAGAAACACUUGAAAAAGAAGAUCAUCAACAAGAGAAAGUCGUAA